AUGGCCCACGAAAAAAGACGCGAAAACUUACCCCCUCUCUCCGGUUCAGAAUCAGGCUCGGAGGAAGAUGAUGACCCAAUUGUAAAAAGAAUUCCAAUGUUCUUCAACUCUACCCCAGACUUCUCGUUGCCAUCUUUUGCACAUUUCAAACCAGUCCUUGAGGACGAGAGCACGUCAAACGAAUCCCAACAACAACAAUCGGCCAAAAACAAACGACCGAAAACGUUGACCUUAUUGCAAUACCCGUUCAAGAGCCAAAACCCCAACUCAUCGCACCCAUUAUUACCGCCUUCCCUAAGGCCAGACCCGAUCCAUAAUCCGCAACAACAACCGGCAACGAUCCAUGCAAAAUAUAAACCUGGGGUUCGAUCACUUAAAUUGGAUGUACCAUUGGAAACGAAGAUAGGCAUCAACGAGAACAGGUUCUCUGAUGAACGCGCUAGAGAAUACGCAAAAGGAUUACAGGAUAGCAAGAAUAACCAGUCGAGCGGAUUCAAUAAGAAGCAUCAUAAUCCUUUGAAUGACGACGAAUGCGAUCCAUUAGAUAAGAUGUCAUUAGGCUCUACACUCAUCCCGGAACAGUCAAACUAUGCGGUAGGGGUUCUCAAAAGGGGGGGUGGCGAAGAUGGGGACGAAGGUGAAGAAGAUGAAUUGCACAUUGUCCCGUUGGACCAACUCUUACAGAUGAGGCCGAACCUAGACUAUCUAGAUCAACUGGACCAGAUCAACUCACAGGCGGACAAACAAGCCCGACGGGAGCAGGGUCUGGACAGUGGGGACUCGGAGGACGGCUCUGAGAACGAAGAGGUGGACGAAGAAGCUCUCAAGAAGAAGCUCUUGGCUAAGAAAAAAUCCGAGGCUAACGAGGCUAAGGCUCUCCAAGUCUCGGUCGUCGCUUCCGGUGAUGGCGAUCGAGUGGGCGCUGGUCUUCGCUCCGGAGGCCCUCUGUUCGCCCCUCUCAGGGCCGCUGAAGCUGAAACUCCCAUCAACUUAAUCCAUUAUCAUUCUGAAACUAAAGAGGCUGAGGCGAUCAGACAAAAAAUGUAUUCAUCUAACAAACGUGAACUAGUUUCAAUUUCAUCUUGGACUGAACUUUUGAAAGUGUAA